AUGAUAAGCGGCGCAUCUCUCCCUACCAUGAGAGGCGUGUGCUUAACCAAGGUGGAGGGCAAUUAUCCAGGACAAAGCAAAGCGGCACCAUCGAGAGCUGCUCGUCCGAGGCGGUGGGAUAUUGGGGAAAUCAAACACGCGGUAUCGUCCAACGAGCGUUCAUCGUCCGAGCGGGAUCUGUUCGUCCGAGAGCAAGGCCUCCGUUGGUGCAUCAAUCUCGUCCAAGGGGGAUCUGCCUGCAAAGCGACCCUCUCUACCAUGAGAGCUACUUGCUUAAGCAAGUUCGUCCCACCUGUCAUGGGUAUUGCGCCACAGCAAGCACGAGGUCACUUGCAUUUGGGAAGGCAAAAGCGGAAGCAACCAUGA